CCUGGCUCUUACAGAGAGCGAGAGAGAGAGAGAGAGAGAGAGGAGAAAGAGAGAGAGAGAGGAGAAAGAGAGAGAGAGGCAGCGGCAGCAGUGCGAUGGAUUUGAGAACGGAUUAAACCGGCAACCAUGGCUUCCACCGUCUUUCCCUAGUGCAUUCCCGGCUGGUCAGGGAAGGAGACCGCGGUGCCCUUUCAUUUCUCUUCCAGAGAGGGCCGGACGGGCGGGUUGUCAGACGAGAGGCGAGGUGUUUGUGGCUUAUGUCAUUGACCUAUAGUGCUCGUUCCCAGUCUCUGUCUCCAUGCCCUGUGCAUUGACGCUGGCGUACAGAAUAUUCCUCCCUGUGUCUCUUCACCUCCUCCAGCCUAGGAUGCAUCGGGUAUAAAAAAAACAUACACACACGGGACACACUCACACACCAGCCAUGGGGAAAGAUCAGGAAUUACUCCAAGCUGUCAAAAGCGAAGAUGUGCCUGCGGUACAGAAGCUUUUGCAACGGCCCAAACAAGGCAAAGCGAAGCUUCUGGGAUCUGCAAAGAGAGUGAACGUAAACUACCAAGAUCUGGACGGGUUUUCUGCUCUGCACCACGCUGCCCUCAAUGGGAAUACCGAGCUCAUCUCUCUGUUGAUCGAAUCCCAGGCCAUGGUCGACAUCAAGGACAACAAAGCGAUGAGACCAUUACACUACGCAGCGUGGCAGGGGAAGGCGGAGCCGAUGAAAAUGCUUCUGAAGGCAGCAUCGAGCGUGAACUCACAAUCGGAGGAAGGGCAGAUCCCGCUGCAUCUGGCUGCCCAGCACGGACACUAUGAAGUGUCCGAGAUGCUGUUGCAACAUCAGUCGAACCCGUGUAUAGUCGAUGUCGCUGGAAAGACGCCCUUAGACCUGGCCUGCGAAUUUGGCAGAGUUGGGGUCGUACAGCUACUUCUCAGCAGCAACAUGUGUGCCGCUCUGCUUGAAGCGAAACCCGGAGAUAUCACGGACCCCAAUGGUACCAGCCCACUUCACCUGGCCGCUAAGAAUGGACAUAUCGACAUUAUAAGGCUCCUGUUGCAGGCCGGAAUAGAUAUCAACCGCCAGACAAAAGCAGGAACAGCGCUGCACGAAGCCGCACUGUGUGGGAAGACUGACGUAGUUCGUCUACUAUUAGAAGGAGGAGUUAAUGCACAUAUCAAGAACACCUACAACCAGACCGCCCUGGACAUCGUCCACCAAUUCACCGCAACGCAAGCAAGCAAAGAAAUCAAACAGAUGCUCAGAGAUGCCUCAGCGGCCCUGCAGGUCAGGGCGGUAAAGGACUACUGUAAUAACUAUGACCUGACCAGCCUUAACGUGAAGACGGGAGACGUUAUUACAGUUCUAGAACAGCAUCCUGAUGGGAGAUGGAAAGGCUGUAUCCAUGACAACAGAACUGGCAAUGACAGAGUGGGUUACUUCCCAUCAUCCAUUGCGGAGGUGAUAAACAAGAGAUCAGGUUCUUGGGACGCAGUUUCUCAUGCUUACAGUUCCCAGCAAUAUCACAAGAUACAGCUCACGGCCUAUGGCACUACAGUUGUCAAUGGGGACUCCACUCAUCAUUGUAACUCCCUGCUGCCUCCCCCUCCACCUCCUCCUUACCACCAUCAGCCACUUUUCAGUUCCUUUGGUUAUCACAGAACCAGUAGCAAUAUAGAAGAAUUACCUCAUGGACAAGGGUCCCGAGGCUCUGAAUCAAGCCCUUCCCAUCUGUCUCCAGUGCAGCCUGCCACCACAACGGAAGAGAUCUGGGUAUUGCGAAAGCCAUUUGCAGGUGGAGACCGCAGCAAUGCAGGAAGUACAGGAAGUGUGGCCAGCGCUCGAAGUUCUGGGAGCGGACAAAGUGCAGGCACCACCACUGCAGCCUCGGGUUCUGAUGGGAAUAAGUUGCUGCAAGUGGUUCUCACCCAGAAAGGAUCUACUCCCGAAACAGCAGGAGGUGACGGAGCUGCCAAGUCUGAACAGACUGCAGGAGUUGUUCGGCCCCAGACCGCAGCCAGCUGCCCCGUAGGAGAGCAGCCGUAUGGCGAGCCUCAGCUGAAGAAGGCAGAGUCCCUAUCAGAAGCAAAGAACCCAGAGACAGUUUUUAACUGGCUUAGUGAAUUUCAACUCCAGCAGUAUGCUGCUAACUUUAUCAAUGCUGGCUAUGACAUUCCAACUAUCAGCCGCAUGACCCCUGAGGAUCUAACAGCAAUUGGAGUAACAAAACCUGGACAUAGGAAAAAGAUUGCCAUUGAAAUAAAUCGUCUGAAUAUCUCAGAAUGGUUACCCGACUACCAACCAAAUGAUCUGAUGGAAUGGCUCUCAAUCAUUGGCCUUGCUCAAUAUUACAAGACACUCGUGGAGAAUGGUUAUGAAAACAUUGAGUUUAUCACUGAUAUCACCUGGGAGGACCUUCAGGAGAUUGGUAUCACAAAGUUGGGUCAUCAGAAGAAGUUUAUGCUCGCGGUGAAGAAACUGGCUGAAAUCCAACGAGCUUCCAGAUACGACUCAGGCACCCUGAAGAAGAAAACACCACAGUCAUUGGAGAUUGUGGCUAUUGAGUCUCCUCAGGGCGAGAAUGCUGAAUGCCAGUCUCCAAAAAUGUCCACCUUCCAAGACAGUGAAUUGAGCAACGAGCUGCAAAUGGCCAUGACCACGGCUGGCGAGGUCAAGGACCACAGGCAAGCGAGCAACCAUGUGACUCUGACUCCGGAGAGCACGGCAUACCCUCAGGGGGCUGGCCAGGAAAACAACAAUGGCAGCGGGAGCAAGGGCAAGGCAAAUGGCAGCACCGUGGACACGCCAGGGGCAGGGAGCCAGCUGCAGAGAGCCGCGCUGUCCAAGAGCCAGGAGAGCCUGGACGCACCCAGCCACCGCGCCGGGUUCACUGACCACCUGGGCCCCAGCAAGCGGGCGCACCGCCAGGGGCUACAGAGGGCCAGCGUGCCCCCAGCACCCGGGAAGCCCAGGGCAGCCGUGGCCCACAGCCAGCAGCACCAAGCCGUGGUCACCAUGUCCACAUUCACCCCGCCGCAGACCCCGACCAAGCCCAGGCCUUGCUCCCCGCAGACACUCAACGUGCCCCAGGCCACAGCAAAGGUCAAGCCCAUCCCGCAGCUGCUGCAGGCCGAGCGGCCCAUGUCGCCGCGCUCGCCCACCCACCGGGGCUUUGCCUACGUGAUCCCGCAGCCGGCCGAGUCCGAGGGCACGCCGGUGGUGCCGGUGCUGAGGCUCCCGCCGCCCCAGGCCGACGAAGGGGGCCACCACGACCCGGGCAGGCCCAAGAAGCGGGCGCACAGCCUGAGCCGCUACGCCGUGUCGGACAGCGAGCAGGAGAAAGACGAGCUGACCGUACCCGACGCCGGGCCGUACGCCACCAUCCAGCGGCGGGUGGCGAGGAGCCACUCGGCCCGAGCGCCGCCGCCCGCCGACGCCGGCGUCAACCGGAGCCAGUCGUUCGCGCUGAGGCCCAGGAAGAAAGGGCCACCGCCGCCGCCCCCCAAGCGCUCCAGCUCCGCCAUCUCCAGCACUAACCUGGCCGACGACCUGUCACGACCCGGGACCUGCGAGGAGUCGGCGGCGGACGAGCAGAGGCGGGCCAGCGGCCCAGGAGCGGUGGAGACGGCAAGUGUGGGAAGCGUCCGCUCCAUCGCCGCCAUGCUCGAGCUGUCGUCCAUCGGCGGCGGCGCCCGGGCCCUGUCGCUGCGCCGGUCCUUCAAAGCACAGAAGCUUCUGGAAGGCGGCGGCGGCAGCCCCGCUCCCGCUGCCGAGCCGGUACGCGUCGCCGUGGCAACGCCGCUGGCGGCCGUGAAGCGCGCACCGCGCGAUGCCAUCGGCCUGGACGGCGAGGUCAUCAACCGGCGGAGGACCAUCAGCGGCCCGGUCACCGGACUGAUCGCGGCUGCCCGGCGGGACAAAAUCGAAGCCGAGGCGGCCCGCCAGGGCCUGGCGCCCGAGAACCUGCCGUUCGCCGAGGAAGGCAACCUGACCAUAAAGCAGCGGCCGCGGCAGCCCGGCGCCCUCAAGGCCGAGGCCGACCUGAGACCGCAGUCCUCCGGUCUGACGCCCGCCGAGCUGAGGAGAGCCAAGGCCAGGUCGGGGCAGGAGUCAGCCGCCUUCCACCUCAUCGAGUCCAGCACGGUGAAGCGGAGGCCGAAAGCCCGGGGCGCCGAGUCCCCACCGCCCGAUCACCACCUCCACAACGGCACGGCCGCCUUCAAGAGGAGGCCCGCGUCCGACAUGGCCGAGGGCGAGACCUACCCGAGCUUCCUCACCGUCGGAGACCUCCCGCGGAGGAACAGCGAGCACGGCACGCAGGCGGCCAACGGCGAGGCCCGGAGGCCCGUCAAACCCCCCGUGUCCCCCAAACCAUCCAUCAGCCAGCCGGCCAAGAGGCCCGGGCCGCCCCCGGCCACUCGGAAAUCUCCGCUGCCCGGCCCUGCUAGUCCAGAGAUAAAGCGUGCCCCACCUCCUGUGUCCCCUAAACCGAUUCUACCUCCCCCUCUGACUCCACCCAAGCCCAUCAAACCCCACACUAUUCUUCAGUCAUUGAGUGCUGGUCCAACGCCAGUCCCUUCUCCCGCCAAGCAGCCAACCAUCAAAGCAGCAAGUACACCAGCAUCCCUGUGCUCAAGCCCAGCUAAGCCGAUUGCUGCUGGUCCGCCACAGCAGGUUCCAGUCAAACCACCAAGGUCUUCGAUAUCCGGGCCAUCCACAGAGAUGGCCACAACAGAUGUAGCACAAAUGAAGCUCGAAGAAACCAGCGCAUCCCUGGCAGCCGCUUUACAAGCUGUGGAGGAGAAGAUUAAGCAUGAUGAGGGGCAGGUGGCAGAGACUGCCUCGGAGGUGAAGAGCACAGGCAGCAUUCUGGAUGACAUUGGCAGUAUGUUUGAUGACUUGGCUGAUCAACUUGACGCCAUGUUGGAAUGAAGGAAGAGAAGACAGAUGGCAGGGAAACCUCAGGACUCUAUUGUGGGCACAAUGAUCUUUGAAAUCCUUCCCAGACCAGUGUCGGACAUAAUCUCCAUUCAUGAACCCAUUUAAUUUUGUUUUGGUUUGCACAACUGACCAAACAAAAAAAAGUUUAUAUUACCUCAGGAUCUUACCACAUGAAGAUCUGUGAAAUCACUGUCAUCAUCUUUCAAGGGAAGUCAAAACCUUAUGAUUUGGAUUUGAAUCUGAAACAGAGAUGGGAGGUUGAACUGAUUUAAUAUUGAUUUGAGAUCUUGCAAACGUGAAAAAGUUUAAACUCCCAAAUUUAAAGUUGAAAUAGGGUGUUAAUGCAAGUUGUAGUAUAUGUACACUGUAAGCAUGAGAAAUAUGAUGGGCUUGUAAAACAUCCAUCACAGAUGAUAGAAACUUAAUCAAGUGCACAAUGACUUGGUUGAGUUGUGGCUUUAAAUUUCAACUUGGUUUCCCAUUGGAUACAUGGCCAGUGAUAGAAAAAUAGUAAGAUUUAAGCUGGCCUGUUUAUAAUACCUCCGGGCAAAUAGUCUAAAGCAAUGGUAGCAUAGUGAUUAAAUUAUUGGGCAAUGUUUGAUGGGACGCACAAGUUCAAAUUCCACCAUGGUGUCUAGGGAAGGCCAGAAUUUUUAAAAAAGAAAGUAUCAGUAACAGUAACCAUGAAACUAUCUGUCAUAAAUGCCCAUCCAGUUCACAGAUGUCCUUAAAGUAAUGAAAUCCCAAUCUGAGCUAUGUUAUUCCAGACCAACAUCAAUGUGAUUACCCACUCAAUGGUCCAUAAACACAUUCAGUUCAGAGACAUCCAGGAAGGGCAAUGACACUUGGCCAUGCCGGCUAAGCCAAUGAAUGAAUAAAUAAAGAAUGUAUUUAUUAGUUUUGUCCAUUAAAUGACACAAAGUUUAAAACAGAAUGUGUAGCUGCUGCAGUGGAAAGACUGAACAGGUAACAUUUUAGACCACAUUUGAUGUGGAUGGAAGUGAUUAGUGACAGAAAUGCUAACAUUUCUAUGUUGACUUCUAUGAUCUUGGUCCAUGGUGCUCUUCAGCCAUUCGGGAGGUUUUGGAAGCCUAGUUGCUGUUAUAAUGUGAAAACAUUGUAUCUUUAGAGACAUUUAAUGAAGGGUCAGCAUAGUUAGUUAAGUUGGAAUUACGGUUAAGAGUCAAUAUAGAGCUAGACACCUGCCUUGAAUGGAUAAGUACUACAGCAGGACACCACCAGACUUGAAUAUUUGUUUCUGCAAUUGGCUUAGACCCACAGGAAGGGGAACUGUUUGGUCAGAUUUACCAUUCCUUGUCAUGUCCAGUGUCUCCUAUUGGCAAAUCCCCUUGCAAUAGCCUUGAUGACACUUUUCAUUGCCACAUUUCAUUACUUUGCACCAUUCAUUGUACAGAGUCGCAGGUGGACAGUGAUUACUCAGAUGGGUGGCAGAGAAUAUUCUGAGCAGCAGUCAGAUUGCAGCGCCUUCCUGAUGAAAAUCACAAAUGACAACACGCUGAUCAAGAAAUACAAAACACAACUCUCAAAUAGAUAAAAAUUACUGCCUAUCUCUAAAGAAAUUUGUAUUUACAUAGCAUCUUUUGUGAAAUCAGGUCACCUUGAAACAUCAUACAGCCAAUGCAAUACCUUUUGAAGAAUGGCACCUGUUGUAACAAACAUGAUAGACAAUUUGACCCACAAACAGCAAUAUGACAAUAACUAGGUAAGUGUUUUCUAAAUCGUCAUGACUCUGGGAAGAACUUCUCUGCCUUUCUUCAAAAUUGUGCUAUUUUUAAAUUCUGCCUGAGAGAGCAGAAUGGAGCUCACCUCCACCUAGUGCAACACUUCCUCUGUACACCCCAGAGACUGACAGCCUUGGUAUUUGUGUAAUGCAUAUUUUAUUUAGAAGUGCUUCAUUUGGUGAAGAAGUUAAGACAGAAUAAGUGUGUGAAUCAAGUAUACAAAAUACCUUGAAAUCAUUUCAUUAGAAUUCAAAAAUUAAUUUAAGGUCAAGAUGAAAAGAAGGUGAAAACUAAUUUUCAGUGUCAGAAGGCAAAAUGCAGUUUGUCAAAAAUGCCAGACAAAUCUAUUUCCACCCAUCUGUUAGGGAAUUAGUGGGGCACAAAUGAAAAUGAAUAAGAUAACAGCAGUCAAGAUACUUUGAAUUAAGUUGGUUCAGAAUAUGGCUUGGGUCAGCAGAGUGGCAUUGAGCAUAGGUCAAUCCUUUGCACCCAGUCCAGUAAAUCCAACAUCUUACUGUCUUUUCUGCUCAUGCUUUUUCGACAUUUGGGUUUAAAAAUGAAUGUGUUUGAGUUCUUCCUCUGGACUUGCUGGUAUUGGUUUAUUAUUGUCAUAUGCAUCAAGAUACAAUGCAAAAUGUUUGGCUUGCAUACUCUUUAUAGAAGAACAAAUCAUUGAGGUAAAUCAAGGUAAAAAGUAAUAAUACAGAAUAAAAUGUAAAAGCUUUGGAUAAAGUGCAGCCCAGGUAAAGAAUAAAAUGCAAGAUCAUAGUGAGGUUGAUUGUGAGGUCAAGGGUCCAACUUAUUGCACAAGAGGUCUGAUAACAGCAGAAUAGAAGCUGUCCUUGAGCUUGAUGCUACGUGCUUCCAUAAUUUUGUAUUUUUUGCCUGAUGGGAGAAGGGAGAAGAGAGAAUAUCUAGUGGAUGAAGUCUAACGCACCUAAACAAUGCUGUAAUUAACUAGAUGAUUUCAUAUUUCAUCCCUAUUAAACUGGAUUCAUUAUUGUUGCUCCAAGCCAAGCAGGAAGGGUGAAGUUUUAAUUCUAAACAGUUUGGACUUUUCCUUCUCUCAUAGGCUAUGACUUUUAUAGGUAAGCUUAGAAUUUAUUGAGGAGAUGGUGGCAUUCCAACACAUUCCGUGUGAUGAAGAACAUAGGAAUAUGUAACAGGAGUAGGCUAUAUGUUAUUCCCACAGUGUCGUUGGACAGGGAGAUUUGUUUAUUGUGCAUGUGCAAAGCAGUUUAACAGGCAGCAGAAUUUUAAUAAGGAAAGGAUAUAGCACCUUUUGCCUCCUCAAACGUCCCAAAAGUGCUUUAAAUCUAACUAAUUAUGUUUGAAAUGCAGUUGCCAGAAUAAUGUAGAAAACAGAGUGGCCAAUGUGUAAGUAGCAAAGACUCAGAAGCAUCAGUGACGUAAAUAACCAGAUAACAUAGCUGUCGGAUGAGGAAAAAAUCUUAGUCGGGUUUUAGGGAGAUAUCAAGACACACAAAAUGCUGGAGGAACUCAGCAGGUCAGGCAGCAUCUAUGAAGGGUAAUAAAAGGUCUUCAGGACUCUCAGCAUUUUGUGUGUGUUGCUCUGGAUUUCCAGCAUCUGCAGAAUCUCUUGUGUUUUUAGGGAGUUAUUUCCACAUCUGGCUCUCCAGAUCAUGCCAUUAGAACUUUUACAGGUAUCUGAGAGGGUCAACUCAAGUUGUUGGCAUAUAAAAAUCCAUCCAAAAAAGGUGCUUUGAUUAUAUUUUUUUCUGUUUUUGCCAAUAGCCCCUGCUGCACAAAUUCCAGUGGGUCAAGCUCCUAAACAGCUGUGGAACAGCUAGUAUUUUUGCACACUGACCUAACGUUGUUUCAUUAGGCCACCACUGUAUUACUGUAGAUAUUUGUAAUGCGGUGCCUUUGGUAGAAAUAAUUUCUCACUAACCUGUACAAUCAGACUAUCAAGAUAAUGAAGUGAACCCCCCCCAUAAAAUGGCCAGUCAGUCUCUAGUUUUCUCCAUGUUCUGAGUUCACUCCCUGUGUGCCGUUAUCUGAUCAUUAAGUCUCUCUGCAACAGGUUAAAAUGGUUUCACACAAAGCUUGUUACAUAGUGUUUUUCUAUUGCUUCCAACAUAUUUGCAGAUCAGAUGUGCCAAGUGGACGUGCCCUUAGAUUUGAGUCAUAUGCCUUCAUCUUAAUGGUUGAGAUUCUCAGGUUAACUUUCCAUAUGACCUGAAUAGGCCUAAGUGUCUUGUCUGGUCUGUUUUCAUACUGAGUGAAGACUAUGAAUGAUGCAAAAUUCAAGACAGAGCAGUAUGCACUCAGAUAUUGCCAUUCCCCACCUUGAAGUGUUAAGUACAAGUAGAACUUUAUCUAUAAUACUAUAUAUUGUAAAUAUAUGUUAUACACACAAACACACACAUUACUUAUGUUCCCUGGUUGGGAUGCAGGCUCAAAGAUCCCAAAGGGCUUUAGCACAGGUUCUAGUUGCACCAGCUGGUAAGGCUAUGUGGAAGCUUAAAGAUUUUCAACCAGAUAUGCCAAUUCCAGAUGUGCAUCUUCUGCCUCCCAGUGGCAAGAAUAACACAUUACAAUAAAAAAAGAAAUCCAUAUCCAUAACAUUAAGCAAGUAAAAGCGUGCACAAUAGAAGCUAUAAAGUGAAUUGUUGGGCUUUCUGAAAAUCCACAUCACUUUCCUUUUAAGAAAAAAAUUAAGAAAUAUUUAAAAUAUUUGUGAAUGCUCCUAUUCACAGAUGAGAGAUUUUACUGACCCAAAAUUCUAUAUUAAAUUAUAUAUUAAGAUGAUUUAAUCUAGCACAAACUGAAAUAACACUCCUGUAAAAUUCUACUUUAUUUUGAAGCCAUUUUUAAAUAAAAUAUAUAUAAAUGAUGUUUUUAAAUUGUCAUUUUGAUUUUGUUGAUUAUUUUUUUCUUUUUGGUGUUUUUAAUGUUGAAGCAGAGCAUUGUAUGCAUUUUUUUUAAAUGAACAAUGACGUGCCUUGUUUACGUUGAAAAUUUCUUUUGUUAUUGCUUUAUGAUAUUGAGUUGUAUUUUGGAUUUUAGUUGUUCAGGUGUUCGAGUAGAACACACCUGCUGUAGUAACAAAUGUAUAAAAACCGUGUAUAAAGUCUGGGGUAAUGCCUGAAUUACAAUGAAUGCGUCUGCCUGUGGUUUGAAAAAACAAGUGUUAAUUGUAAUUCUCGGAUUUGAGCUAUUAAUUGUCUUAUAUUGUGUCCUAUGACCUAGUGUGUUUGUCAAAGUUUUGAAAUUUCUUCAAAGCCUGAAAAAUUGCCGAUGUAAAUUGUAAAAAAAAAAGUAACAAAAGGUUUAGAAAUCCCAUAAAAAUUGUAUGACUGUUAUAUUUUUAUUAAGUUAUGAAACUGUAUUGUAUUUCCAUUAUGUAAAGCUAUGCAUCUUGACGCUUCAUGCUAUUCUGUGCGCUACUGAAAGUGAUUAAUGUUUUUGGGUGUGUUGUGGUGUUCGAAGAGGAUUCCAUUUCUUGUUGGUGUCACCCUGCAAGAAGAAACUCCGAUCUUACAGAAAGUUAGAAGGAGAGACACUUGUUCACUCAAUGUAUUCGGGGAACCUGGUUUAUUUUUAUCUUGUAAAAAAGGGACUAUGUUUUCAGUGGAUUUCCUCAAGUGGGCUGGUUGCAAAAUGUGUUCAUCCUGUUGACUCUGCCAAUGACUGUAUCAUAACCAUCAUGACAGGCAUGUGGCAGUGUUGUGCUUGACUGAUUGCAUUUACUGCCAUUGGCUCUAAAUAAAUGUUAAA